AUGAUGCAAGGGCUUUUCAAAGUAAACCUAAGCAGGCGUAUGUUUGCUCCUUGGCUGAAGGGCCUUGACAUCCCUUGUUACUUUGGGUCCGUGUUUGAUAGAGUCCCUGUUGAUGAAUCUGGCACACUUCUAACUCCCUAUCUGCGCAAUAAACACAUGCAGCCAGAUGAAGGAACAUUAUUGCAAGAUCCAAGGGGGAGAUACGAGAGUUGGUAUGUCUGCAACACAGAACAGUUGUCUGAAUCCCUUCAGCCUGUUUUUGUCCAGAGUUACCUUGACCAAGGAACACAGAUCUUCUUAAACAACAGCAUUGAGAAAUCAGGCUGGCUGUUUAUCCAGCUCUAUCACUCUUUUGUGUCCUCAAUUUUUAGCCUCUUUAUGUCUAGAACAUCUAUCAAUGGGCUACUGGGAAGGGGCUCAAUGUUUGUGUUUUCCCCAGAACAAUUUCAAAGACUGCUCAAAAUAAAUCCAGAAUGGAAAUCCCACAGACUUCUCGAUUUAGGGGCUGGGGAUGGAGAAGUCACUAAAGUCAUGAGUCCUCACUUUGAAGAAAUCUAUGCCACUGAAUUGUCUGAAACUAUGAUAUGGCAGCUUCAGAAGAAGAAAUAUAGGGUGCUUGGUAUAAAUGAAUGGCAAAACACAGGCUUUCAGUAUGAUGUUAUCAGCUGUUUGAAUUUGCUGGAUCGCUGUGAUCAACCACUGACUGUAUUAAAAGAUAUUAGAAGUGUACUGGAGCCAACUAGAGGCAGAGUCAUUCUAGCAUUAGUUCUGCCAUUUCAUCCUUAUGUGGAAAAUGUAGGUGGCAAGUGGGAAAAGCCCUCAGAAGUUUUGGAAAUCAAAGGGCACACUUGGGAAGAACAGGUGAAUAGCCUGCCAGAAGUUUUCAGUAAAGCUGGUUUUGCCAUAGAGGCUUUCACCAGACUGCCAUACCUAUGUGAAGGUGAUAUGUAUAAUGACUACUAUGUACUAGAUGAUGCUGUCUUCGUCCUCAAGCCAGUGUAAGCGUGUGUGAAGUAAAUCUCCGGAAUCUAACCCAAGAAGCAGCCUCUGAAAGAGGAGCUUGAUUUAUGGUUACUUAAAGGGAGGGAAUUUGGGAUUGCAGUGCUAAAUAAAUACCAUGUAAGAAAUUUAAAGGCCAAAAUACUAAUGUAUUUCUUUGUAGUGUGAUUAGGGGGAAAAAAGGUUGUUUUUAAACAGACUCUUCAGUUGAGAAUUUCUUUUUUUACCAGCUCUUAAACCAACAAGGCAUUCUGCAAUCCAGCAGUAGUGGGGGAUAUUUUUUUAUACUUUAUACCUGCAACAGGGAUCAGAUCCAAAAAAAGCAAUAGUCCUAAUAAUGAUGAAUGAUACAGUGUGAACAAUUGUUAAAGAAAUCAAGUGAAAUCUGGCAAUAAAGUUAUCCGUUCAGUUCAAGCUUUGUUGAAUAUAAACUGUUGAAAUGGAUAUUCUUCCAUGCUAAGUUACUUUUCCUCUUACUGUCAUUCUUCACAUGUUUUUAAUCAAGCUAAUAAACUUUUUUUGAGAUUA